CACGACGACCACCAUCCCGCGCCUCACAUUCCAUCCGUCUCUCUCCUGCGCCCACACCUGCCGCACGCGCCGCAGCACGCGCACCUGCACCGGCCUCUUGCGGCGCCGCUCCUUGCACGCAGCGGCGGCGACCUCCACUCCAUCUCGCCACGCCCGCCAUGUCCGGCGCGUAUCCCGUGCGGCGCCGGCCAAAGGGCCCGCUGCAUCCCUCCUACCGCGCUGCGCCCGCCGAGACCGAGCAGGCACCGAUCGCAGCACCGCUCACGCCCGGCGAGGGCUCGUCGCGCAAGCGCGCCUGGCUGGCCGCCCAGCCCGCUGCACCUGGCACGCUGCCGGGCGCAGCAGGCUACAGCGCCGGCUCGCACGCCUCGACGAGCUACGGCGCCAGCUCGCAGGGCUCGGCCAUCUACGGCGCCAGCUACGGCAGUACGCACAGCCUGCCGUUUGGCAUGGCGCGCGGCAGCAGCUACAGCAAUGGCCUGGACGCCGCCGGGCCGUCGCGCGUGGGUCUCGGCCCCACGCGCUCCACAUCAGGCUACAGCGUCGCGUCGAGCGCAGACGGCGGCGUGGCCACCACCUCGGCCGCGGGCGAGCACACGUCGCCUCGCGGCGCCGGCGCCUGGGAGACGCUCACGCGCGCCCAGGCGACGCAGGCCGCAGCUGCUGCACAGGCGCGAGAGCGACAGACGCGCGCUCGUCAGCUCGAGGCCGGCGGCGCACUCGCCGACGGCGACGCCCAGGGCCUGGAGGAUGAGGCGGCGGGCCCGGCGACGAAGCGCCGACGCGGCGUGGCGGGAGCGAUCGUGUCGGGCGCGCUCAACACGGCGCUGUAUGCCGGCGCAGCGGCGAUUACCGCCUACUCUCUCUGGAGCUCAUGGGGCCGACAGCCGGCACGCGAAGCAGGCGAAGACGAGAACAGCGCGCCUGUCACGCCGGCGCUCGAGACGGCGCCCGAGCAUGGCAUGGAGGAGGACGAGGACGAUGAGGAUGAUGAGCUGUCGCGCAUGAGCAAGCGCAUGGAGGCGAUGAUUGCCGAGGGCCAGAAGGCCCUUUCGGCAAAGGCCGAGCUGCUGCCCGACGAGAGCAUGGAGCCCUCGACGCCGCCGCAGCCGACUGCAUCGGCGCAGCGCUUUGGCUACGCGGGGCCAAGCUACUCGCAAGGCUCGCUGUCGCGCAGUGCCGCUCGUGUGCCUACCUCGGGCCGCGGCAAUGGCGACAUGCACCUGCGCUCCGCCAGCCAGGUCGACUUUGCCUUUGCUGGCGGCGCCGAGCCGCUCAGCCCUACCUCGCCGACGCCACCGUCGCGCGCCGCGCCGUUUGUCUUCGGCGCUGGCACGAGCCACAUUCCCGUCGCCUCGGGCUUGACACCAGCGAGCCGCAGCCCGUAUGCUCGGCAGCGACCGCGUCAGCUGAUGGACGCCGCUCGCGAUGCUGGCGAUGCGCGCGACACUCGCUUCCGCCGGCAGUGAGGCAUGGAGGCGCGGGACUCUCCAUCGGCGUCGCCCGACCCUUUCGCUCGCGCCCUGCGCUCCGCCUCUCUUUCUAUUCUCAACGCACCGAUACCCCGCCAUCAUCUUGAAGGGUACAGACUGAGAAGGCGC